AUUUGUAAAGCUUAUAUUACGUAUAAUAACAUACCUAACAUAUAUAUGUUUGAGAAAUUGAUAAUUUUGUAAUUAAAAAUGAUAUUUUUAGGGGAUUUUUCAUUUGUAAAAAUAUUCUUAAAAAAUUAUCGUGUUACCAAGACAAGUACUUUAAAUACUUCACGUUCGGAAAAUACAAUGGUUUUGUCAGCAAGGCGAGGGUUUCUGCGUGCGUGUAUUUUCUAGUAUAGGAGCAAUAAAAUUGAAACUAAAUCUCUAUAUUUUAUUUAUAUUCCUCCCGUAACAUCCAAACUCGCAUCCAAAUCCCAAAAAUCGAGCAACAGCGUCUUUUAAAUUUAAUAUAUCCUCGGAAAAUUUCGAAAAAUAUUGAUCUUAGAUUGCAGGAAUGUUGAAAUCCCAAAAUCCUUCUACUCUUUUUCAAAGUGAUACACAUGCGUCUCUUGGCUUCACAAUGUAAUUGCAAAAGUGGUAUGGGAAAUGAGGAAAUAAAGUGUGAAAAUCUUAGAUAUUCCCUGUAAAUAAGUACAACUAAAUUUAAUAGCAUAAAUUAUUUCCAAAAAUGGAAAAUUUUUUUUUAAAAAAGUUAAUUGUGCUACAUGCAAGUCAGCAGUGAGUUAUUUAAUCUAAACACAGAAACUUAAAUAUGUUACUACUAUACCUGCACGUGAAUAGUUCUAAUUAUUUUAUAUUAUAUACACAGAUAUUUCUAUUCUUACCAACCACUGGAAAAAGAUGGUCCAAACAACAGUGAACUGUGCAUGGACCCACUAAGAAUGAUUGAUGGUGAUAGUUGUUAUUACUUCUGGUAUGAUACCUAUCCUAUGGAGUUUGCUGUGUUCCUUCUUGACUCAGCCUUGGCAAGAGGAAUUUAUUUCCACACAAUGUGUGCCAAUGAUGCUUUUUAUGAAAGAUCCUACGGAGAAGAUGAAGGUUACUAUUAUUAUAACUAUUAUUAACAACAACAACAGCAGAAGCAACAACAACAACAACAACAACAACAACAACGACAACGACAACAACGACAACGACAACAACAACAACAACAACAACAACGACAACAACAACAACAACAACAACAACAACAACAACAACAACAACAACAACAACAACAACAACAACAGCAACAACAACAACAACAACAACAACAACAGCAACAACAACAGCAGCAAUGACGACGACAGAUGCAAUUGCAACAGCAAUUAACAAGUUCAACAAAAUAUUGCUUUCACUUGAAAAUCAAUAGAACCAAAUGAAAUUCUGUUGGCUGAUCCUAAAGGUGGCCUUCUAAGAUAUAACAUGAAAUCUAGAGAUGCUUCAAAAGACUCGCGAUUGGGUGUACUCCACACGGAUCAGCCCAAAAAUACAGCAGAAGAGCAACAAUACGCAGACAACCUUGCUGCAAUUGGUUUUAUGAAGGACCGACCAUAUAAGCUCUACACAGCAUUUGGCUAUGUUACAUUGCUUGAUCCUCGACUAAAAAUUAAAAACGCUGUUUUUCAAGAGGAGAAAGGAAUACUUCAUAUGGGCUUGAAUGAAGGCGAAAUAUUGGCUCUUGAAUAUUUGAGAAAAGGGUGUUAUUAUUCUACAACAGGUAUGCCGUAUAUUAUAACAUUUAUACUAUUUAUUUUUUGCAUAAUAAAACUAAUCUUGAAGACAAAUUUAUACUGACUAUAGAACUCCGAGCUAGUGAGCUCAUUUGAUACUAGAUAUAUACCACAAUUUUACAUUAUUUUAUAUUUUAUGCAUUACAAGGCUAAUACAAGGCUGUUAUUUUAGGCAAAUUGUACAAAAGUUUUUAAACCAUUAAAAUAGUGAAAACAAUCCAUGCAAGAGAAAUUAUUGCCCUUUGAAAUGUGCAAAAGCACCAAAACAAGGUUAGUUAGUUCUCCCAAAAGUCCCCUCGUAAUGCACAUAUACGUUUCCUCACAUGCAGCGUUAUGUUUCCUCAAUUAAGGCUUGCACAAAUUGUUUAAAUACGAAUUUCCACUAAUCCCAUACCGAAUAUCAAGACAACCAAAGAAAGAAGAGAUGUGUUACGACCUUACCAAUGAAAUGGAGUUGGAGUUCACAUUUCUUAAAUGCAGUGAUGACAUGGCUCACUUGAUUUGGAGGUUAGAACUUGAAUCUGAAUUGUUAGCACAAGACUGGCCUUUUCUGGAACCUGUAUAUCGCCUUAAAUAACUCUUCUUAAAUCGCAACUAAAAUUGGUCGAGUUUACGCUUAAAUGAUCGCCUUUAACAAAGUGAAUAAGGCCUCAAAUCGCAUUGAUUUUUAUAAGUUAUUUUUAUAGCAAGUUACUUUUUCCAGACUAUAGGCUUUAAUUUGCUGAAGGGUAUAGUGCUGGGCAAUACUGAGUACUCGGCAUUCGAUAACAGCGAUACCACAAACAGCAGUAUCGGUAUCGAUUAAUGAGUACAUAUAUCGUUCGAUACUUACCCUUUUCUCAGAAAUUUGUUUAAGUUCACUUGUUGGUUGAAUAAGAGAUUCAUAUACCACUCAAAUAACUUUUGUUAGCAUAUAUACUUGGGAGGUGGAUACUACUUUUCAAGCAAUUUGAUUGGUUGCUCAGCUCCGGACAUCCUUGUACUAUUCACAUCCGGACAUAAACAAAAUGGCUUCCUGUUUCUUUCCGGUUACAUGUAAUCGAACACAUUUUGUACUAAAUGAAGCUGCGGUUUCGCAAAACACGAAGAAAGCCACAAAGUUUUGUUUAACCGUGUGUAGAGGUAUCCCUUAUAGCUAUUUCUAAUGAAUAAAAUUAUUAAAAGAGUGUAAAAACUGAAAUACCAAUUGUUUUAAAAAUCGUUUUUUGGGCCAUUUUUUGUUACUGUGGUAUAUGCUAAAACAAUUAUUUACCUGACCUGAGUGUCGGUGAAUAGUCCAAGGAAAUUUACCUCAACGCUUCGCGUUUCGGUGAAUAUCCUUGCGCUUUUCACCUCCACUUACAUGUAGGUGAAUAAUUGUUAAAUAUUCAAAAUGUGGUACGCCUAGUCAUGUAUAGAAAUUUGUUUUGCAUUCUCGGCUGUUGGUUUAAUAAAAUAUAUAAAACAACGGAAACUCCGGAAAUAAACAUUUUAAUAUUCUAGCUUUCGACUAAGAUUCAGUCAUGCAUCAUCAGGAAUGAUGCUAGGUUACAUUACGUCGACAUAACCUAGCAUCAUUCCUGAUGAUGACUGAAUCUUAGUCGAUAGCUAGAAUUUUAAAAUGUUUAUUUUCGGAGUUACCGCGUUGUUUUAGCUAUAUUUUAUUAAAAUACUCAGUGGUUCGCGUAACUGUUGGUUUGCAACAAUACUAGAGUGUAAUAUAUAAACACUUUCGAUGUAGGGCUAUUUGGUUCACUAAGCCAAUCUAAGGCUCCAAAUGAGCAGUAUGGGUAUUGCUCAUUUGGAGCCUUAGAUGGGCCAUACCUUGCGCGCUAAAUGUUUAAGGUUUUGAAUUAGCUAUAAUGCUAAAGCUGUUUUGAAUUAGCUAUAAUGCUAUAUAUAUAUAUAAACAGUAGAUAACUUUAACUACAUUCUUGGUGUUAUUUAGGACAUAGUAAGUUCAACCAACGUGGAAAUUUCUUUUCAUUCUGACAGGAAUUAUUACUAUUGCAAAAAAAGUAUCAAGUUGAAACUUGAGUUAGGAUCCCGUCGUCACCGCCCCUCCCCCCCGCCCUCACCGGCCCAGUUAUACACUCACACAUGUGAAAUUACCAAUCAGUUUUGAACUCACAUUUAGCUACAUUUACAGAUACACGAUUAUGCGUGAGAUGCCAGGCAACAAGCUGGAAACUUCUCAUGGUUAUUUCAAGUUGGAUCCAGAUCAGGUGACCGUACUUGAUCUGAAUGAAACUUAUAUCUUGGCUCAUGUAAAGUGGAUAUAUUUCACUGCCAUAUCCCCGAGAAACCCGCAACAUCGUGCAUGGUUCCAUGCUAUCAGAGGACCAGCAUUUGGCAAGCCUUCAUUCCAUGGUAAAUAUUACAUUCAAUCUUUAUUCUUGUUCUUGAUUGGUCAACAAUGCUGUCAUACUUGUCUGCAAUAGUUCUUACUAAUAUUUAUAUAAAGAUGUAUUUUAAUAUAGACUGCUUGAUCUUGGUCGAAUUUGUUAGUUCAAGAAUUAGAUUUUUCCUGGCUAAAAAUUAAAACUUCCGAAACUCAUUUUAGAACAACAAUUUUAGACUGAAAAGGCACUGCUUUGUGGCUGCGGCCUAUCGCAUGUAUUUAAAAGAUAUGCAGUGUACAGUCCAAGGAUAGGCAAUAAUAAAGGCGUACAUUCAGGAGCACUGGCUGAAACUGGAAUUGUCAAGCUCAUCAGCGUGAGCACUGACGCACUGCACUGUUAGCUGAGUUACCUACAUAAAUAUAAAACGCAGCAAAACGUAGAUCUGUGCUCAGGCUAACUCGAAGAUUGUCCUUCCCGAACUGGAAGUGUUUCGGAAGCACAAUGGGUUUUGGUAAGCAUAUGUUGAAAAUUGUGUAAUUGAGGAGACAUGGUCGUCCCAGAAAGUACGUUUGUCUGGCAUUGUUUUACCUAUAAAUAAUUGUUGGACUAUAAUGUCAGGAUGUAACUCGCCACUUUUCUUAACUGGGUGUUCUCUAAAAUUGAUAAUAGUAAUAAUAAUAAAAAUAAUGAAAAUAUUAAUAAUAAUAAAAAAAUUCUCUCUUGCAGCCAAAUGUGCUGAGCUGACGCACAACGUUGUAAAGACAACUAGAAGAAACAACACAGUAACUGCCACCAAGAAUAUUGAAGUAACAGAAGUUGCGAGAGAAGAUCUUGACUUCGCUUUAGGAGUAACUUGUAACGAGAAGGAUAUACAUGUAUACUUCAUGCAAGCCUGCCCUCACCAACAAGAUUUCUCAGAACCAGUGAACGAGAAGAUAAAAGAAUCGUCGGAUCUUAUUCCACCCAGAAUUUUACAAAGUGUGCAUGGAUAUUUCUCCUGCAGAGAUGACCAUCCAACAAGGAUUAACCUGAGUGCAUCAUGGGACAAAAAUACGGUAGGUAUACCUGGGCCGUCUGACAAAAUGUCCAAUGACUGUGAAUUUGGGUCGGACAUCGGGACAUGACAUAUGUAUGAUGCCCCGUGGUUUCCUCACUACGUCGGAUGGACAAUUUCUCGAAUGGGUCGGACAAUGUCCGAUUGGGAGGUUAGGGUCGAAAUUAGGUCGUAAACCUGGGGUCACUUGUACGAAAGACGGAUAGCGCUAUGCACCAGAUAGUGAUUUCUCCAGCUUUCUUACGUUGCCCGUUAAUUGUUAUAUAAGGGAGCAUAUAUUAUUUUUGUUGGAAGCUGGUAAACUUCCGAUAUUUUUUUAAAAUUAUAACCCCCUUCUCGAGUGAAAAAAACGUUAACAACCCUCCCCCCUAACAAUCAUACAAAUGUUAUGCCCCCCUCAACACCCAAACCCCGCCUAGUAAUGUUUAAAAUAAUUAAUAUUAAUUAAUUAUUAAAAUGUUAAUCUUACAUUUAUAAAUAAAGAGCAACCCUAAACUUUUUUCUCUAAUAUACAAGCUUAUGUUAUCCUGGGAAUUAAUAUAAAGUCAAUUUAUUGAUAAAAUAUUUUGGAAGAAGUACCAGACAAUGGUUUUAGUAGAGGAAGGAGCUGAAGAAUUAAACAUGUAUUGUGUUUCUGUAAAUUAUUUGACCUUCCGCUUGCACCUCUUGACUUUCUUGAAACCUUUCCCUCAUCUGCGUUAGAAAAUAUUAUAGCCCACUCCUCUAUUGUUUUACAAUCCCCAUUUUUUGCAUCCGGUCUUCGUACAAUCGGCCGCAGGACGGCCAGGAGUCUUAUUAAUGGUGGUAUUCGUGCGUUGCAAAUGUAUCCGGUCUCUUCCAAUGUUACAGUGUUUGGCCUCUUGCCUAAAACGUCACUGAAACUGUGAGGAGGUAUUUAAAAAACAUUAUAUUCUGAUGAAAAUGUUUAGUAUGGAGGUACGGGAAAAACGUUAGCCUAAACCAAUAAUAGAUAGCUUAAGAUCUACGACGUCGACGUCAGCUAGGACGUCAGGGCUAAGCAGAUAACUGGAACCAGAACGUCGUCCUAAAUAAGUCGAUAGCUCAAGUAUCUACGACGUCAAAUAUUUAGGGCGGCAAGCAGAAGUAAAUUGGUAAUAGUUUUUGAAGUGUGCAUGCAUGUGUCUCUCUCAAUUUGCUCGUCGUUUUAAAUUCAUUUUCAAAAGGAUGUAAAUAUUCAUAGUUUAAAUGACUACGGUGAAUCUUAAGUGGAAGUUUAUUUAUUUAGGACGACGUCCUAGUCCCAGUCCUCUGCUUAGCCCUGACGUCCUAGCUGACGUCGACGUCGUAGAUCUUAAGCUAUCUAUUGACCACAGUGGUGGAAAUCUCGUUGGGGUGGGGGGACCGCCCCCCCCCCCCCACCUUUACGGAAAAUUGACGAAUUUUCGGAAAUUUUGACCUAAAAGAGGGCUAAAUACAACCUUUUCAAGUACAAAUAGGGGGGUUGUCGGAAAUUUGAAGGUUUUGUCGGAAAUUUAGGAGGCUUUGCCCCCCUCCCACCGGAAAAAGUGAAUUUCCGCCAUUGAUUGGCAUGCAUGUAACUAAGUUUGAAAGUAACGCGUGGAAUCCUGCGCCUGUAGAAACUUAGAUUUGAUAAGCCAAGUUAACACUAAGUAUAUCACUGGAAAAGUUGGUCUUGAUGGGGGUGGAAAUGGCAACUAGGUCGUCAUGUUUAUGGCAAACCUUAUGCGUUGAUUGCCCGAUUUUUUAAUUUGUUGUUUUGUAGGUCAAAAAUGACAAAGUUUAUUUCUACCGCAUUGAUGCAAACACAGGUGAACCGUUCCCUAUUGGAGGAUGCGAGCCCAGACCAUUUUGCUAAUAAGACACCAUAUAUGCUGAAAGAAACUUUAGAAAUAUACUCAGAGUUAACGUAGAUCAACAUUUUUAUAAGUAUUCGAAUAAUUUAAUAUACGCUUGUAGUUAUAGUUGUAGUUUUAUAGUUGCAGUUGCAUUUUAACAUACGGACAUAACUUUAAUUGUAUUUUGAAUUAAUGUAAUAGUGUACUAAUUAUGGGAGAAUAUCAUGCUAUUAAAAUUGUGCAAACGACAUUCAUCGUGACUUCAG